AUGGAGAAAAAAUGGACAUACUGUGCUGUUUAUUCCAUCAUCCAGAUACAUUUUGUCAGGGGAGUAUGGAAAUUCAAUGCAGAAGAAGACAUUUAUGCCCUACCUGGCUCUGAUGUCAAUCUGACCUGCCAAACACAGAAGAUAGGCUUCUUGGUGCAGGUGCAAUGGUCCAAGGUCACCGACAAGGUAGACCUGAUUGCCCUUUAUCAUCCCCAGCACGGCUUCUACUGUGCCCAUGCGCGUCCUUGUGAGUCACUGGUGGCUUUCACAGAAACUCCCAGGAAUGUGUCAAAAUGGACUCUGAGCUUGAGAAACAUUUCUUCCUCAUUGAGUGGAAAGUACGAGUGUAGCUUUACUCUGUAUCCGGAGGGCAUUCAGACUAAAAUCUACAACCUCCUCAUUCAGACACACGGCACACAGGAUGAAUGGAGAAGCAACCAUACAAUAGAAAUAGAGAUAAAUCAGACUCUGGAAAUACCAUGCUUUCAAAAUAUCUCCUCUGAAAUUUCAUCUGAGUUCACCUUUGCAUGGUUGGUGGAAGACAGCAGCACAGACCUAGGGGUGAGACUUCAGCAGGGUGUGCAGGAGAAUAAUGGAACUCAGGAAACACUUAUCACCGAAGAGCAUCCCAUCAGCCAUUCCACAUUGUUCAAAGACAGAGUCAAGCUGGGUGCAGACUACAGACUCCACCUCUCUCCAGUCCAAAUCCUCGACAACGGACAGACAUUCUCUUGCCACAUCAGAGUCAAGCCUGGCAAAAUCUUGAAGACCUCUACCAGGGUCAAGGUUUUUGCUAAGCCAGAAACCCCCAUGAUUGUGGAAGACUCCAUGGAUGUCUUGAGAGAGAGAACAUUUACCUGCUCACUAAAGAAUGUAUUUCCCAAAGCAAAUCUUACAUGGUUUAUAGAUGGAAGAUUUCUUCAAGAUGAAGAUGAAGGAAUAUACAUUGCUAAUGAAGAGAGAAAAGGCAAAGGCGGAUUGUUGGAACUAAAGUCUGUUUUGACAAGGGUGCAUAGUAAUGAUCCAGCCCAAUCAAACAAUCUGACCAUUUGGUGUAUGGCUCUGUCUCCAGUCCCUGGAAAUAAAGUGUGGAAUAUCUCAUCGGAAAAGAUCACUUUUUCCUUGAGUAAAGAGUUAAGUUCUGUAAAUCCCCCAACAGACUUUCUGCUGAGUGGUACAGAAUCUACGCUUGGCACCCGACCUUCUCCAGCCGACGGUGUAUCUACUACAAGGUACCCAGCUACAUUUUCAAAGGCCCUGGUAGAUAUGAGUACACCAAGGCCAAACACCACACCUCAAACAAGCAAUUCCAGUGUGACUACCCAAGGCUUCAACUACUCAUGGACCUCCAGUGGGACAGAUGCCAAAAAACCAGUUUCAUGGAUACCCAGUGAAAUGUUCAGUUCAUCCCCCCCAGACACAGGCUCAACACUCUAUGAUGACGUCGUUACCAACACAACUACAGCAUUUUCAGAAGUCCCCACAACUAUCAAUGGAUCUACUAAAAAGAAUCAUGUCCACAUCACUGGUACUGUGGUUAAUAAGCCCAAAGACGGAAUGUCCUGGCCAGUGAUUGUAGCAGCUUUACUCUUUCCCUGCAUAGUAUUGUUUGGUCUUGGAGUGAGAAAAUGGUAUCAAUACCAAAAAGAAAUCAUGGAGAGACCCCCACCUUUCAAGCCACCACCACCUCCCAUCAAGUACACCUGCAUUCAAGACCCCAUUGGAAGUGAUCUGCCUUGUCAUGAGAUGGAGACGCUCUAGUCCUGUGAGGCUUUACCAUACGGCAGAACUGUGCUGCAAUUCUAUUGAGAAG